UUCUAAUGGUUUCUACCAUAUUUCGGUUUGGACAAGAGUGGUUUGCUUAAUGCUAAGAUCAUCAAGAUUGACUUUCCAAAUUAGCGACAAAGCAGUGACUGGUCAGUCGAUUUGUGAUAGGGGCUUGCUCUUGAGUUCCUUCUGACCCCCAAACGAAAACCCUACAAAAAUUAUCUUCACGUGACGCUCAUAAAUGAGUCGCUCUCUUUAGUCCAAACUAUCAUUUGAGGACUUGAGUCUACUUGCAUGUGCUAAAAUAAUAAUAAUAAUAAUAAUAAUAAUUUUUUUUCUUGGACGACGAGCACGACAAUGCCAUCGGUGGCUUUCUCACGUUCCCCGCAUAAACGAGCAACAAGCAGCCUCGUUUCUUAAACGAGCACCUACUCAACUUGAGCACUACUGCAAAUGAUUUCAACAUGAAAACAUUUCGUGUGGCAAUGAGAAUGCAGCCAACAUGCAGCUUUGUGCGUUGUCACACACUGCUGCGAUCAAGUCGACUGAAUCCAAAUGAGGCCAAUCUUUUGCACUCUUUCCAUGAAGGGAGGAAAUGAAUGACAAAAUGCUGCUGAUACGGAUGAAUAUGCACAAUCGUUUCACGCGCGCGUGCAUGCUCUAUUUAGGUUCUUGCGCACUGCAGUUGUUUGAGGCUAUACCUUAUAUUUGCAUUAGUCGAGUGAUUGCAGAGGCAGAUUCGUUGCAUUGUCUCGUUGUUUUCUGUCAUUUGGACGCUGGAUGACGAACGUUUCAUCAUGUUUGUAAUCGAAGCUUUUGUGCCUUGUGCAGCAAAUUGGAAUAUGAAAUAUCAUCCGCCCGCUUUCGGCAUGAAAUGAACGGCAGUAAUAGGAAGUAAAUUAUUUAAUUGCAGGAAAGCAAAAUAAGUGCACACUUAUUCAAUAUCGAUGUGUCAUUUAAAUUAAGGACAAAAAAAAGGCGUUCCAGGCUCAAGUAUCGCAUCACUUUCCACUGAGGCUUAAUGGCAGCAGCAGAAUAAACAGACGUAGAACUUCAACCUGCCCAACCAUGGCCCUCCUCCCCUCUUCCAAAAAAAAGAAAAAAAAAACGUUGAAACGAUCUUAUUGAAGUUAAAGGAAAUUUAGAGCGGGGACAUCUGGUGAAACAUUUCAUUUCACCUGUACGCUCAGCAGAAAUGCUGUCUGGCCUUUUUACAUUUCAUGCUUGAAUCUGAACUCCAUAAAACACGCACACGCACAUACACGCACGCACACGCACGCAAAAGAUUCCGCGGUUGCUUUUUCCAAUAAAUGUUAGCCAAGUUCCCUCGCUGCUCAUCUUUAAAAGUCGUCUUAAAACACAUUAUUAUUUUUUUGACUCAACGCGGGACUUGCUUUUGGUUUUUAAGUAUUUUUUACAGUCUUGUUAUUAAUUUGUUGUUUUUGUUUUAUCACGUUGUGGUUUGAAAGUGCUCUAGAAAUACAAUUGUCGAUCAUAUUCCCUCUUCUCAUCUUGCAUCAUUCCAAAUCGUACUUUAUUUGAUCACACGUUUCACUUUUGUGAAGAUGCGACGGAAUUCAAUACACAACUGAAUUCAAAUCUGAAUUGCGCAUGUGCACAAGUGUUUAGCUAAAAAUAAAAUCCAAACAUGAUAUAUAAAGCCACCCUCCAUCCCCGAUUAAUUAGCUGCAUAUUGCCCGAAAAAGAGCUUUUGAGGUCCAACACUAAGCCUUCCCUCCUUCCACGUACGCAUGCACAAAAUAAUCCCAGAUCGUCUGCAAGCGGAUAUUGAGUCUUGAGAGUGAAAGUUAAAAUUAAACUUAAUGACACCGUUAUUCUAAUUGCAGCCUGCAUUGCAGCGCGUUAGCUUACCGGUCCAAUCUUGUUUCAUGUCCUGCUAAGUGACACUAUUGCGGGAUAAAGCAGUCAAAUUGACGACACGGCCACAUGAGCCCUCUUUGAUGGGCAGGAGAGCAUUUUUCGUCUUCUUCAUCUUCAUUUCUUUUCUCUCCCCCUUGUUUUGGAACUGCAAUGUCCUCGGCCUUUGUGUGCGCGUGUAUGUGUGUGUGUUUGCGUGUGUGCGUGCGCGUGCGGUGCGUGCGUGCCACAAAAUAGUUUAGUCGGUUUUGAUGUCAAGCUCGGGACUAGGAUGCUGGCUUAUUAACGACACGUUUAUCAACAAUCAAAUGGUCGUCGUUAAAAUUUAUUGGUAGGCAUUAAAACAUGAACGGCCACUAUGUGGAACAUGGCCGCGCUCGUGGGCUGCCUGUCAACAAUGUCGAGACCCUCUUCUCUUCACCACUGCAGUCUCCCCUGAUCCCCAUUUUAGGAAAUGUCCUUGGGUCCUCUUGAAAACAGCGCUAACUAGAUUGUGCGCAUCCCGAUGUCCGCCGUCACAAUUCCUCUCUUUGUCUCCUGUCAACACCGCCCUCCUUGUAAAAAAAAACAAAUAAACAAUAAACAGUGUCAUAGGCCUAAUUGCGGAUAACGAGCGGCUAAAAAGAGGCUCUUGCACAUGUUCAACUUGCAAUAUUAUUCACUGCGGUGGUGGAUUUUUGAGCCGGGCUGAGAUUGAUGACACCGUCAAAUAGUGCCAAGCUCAGCUUCAUACGCAGUGUGCGCAUGUAUCUGCACUGCGUCUGCACAAAGAUCCUCCUUGAGCACUGCUCGCCAUGUUUUAGUCCCCGCACUUCAAGAGAAAAAAAAAACAGCAACCCACAGUAGUUGGAGUAGUCACUCGUUUACACGAAAGCGUCCGCUCGGAAAACUUCUUUAGUACGAUGAAAGCGCAAGGCUGUCCCGCGGCAAGUGGCGCAUUGAUCCGCCGUGCAAAAUUUCGUGGGGUAAAUACAGUCACGUGACUCAGGGGCAGCCAAUGGGAGGCAGCGGAGCUCGGAGAAAUAAUUACCUGCCGUGAUUGUUCUAUGGGCAGAUAAAAAAAAAAAAAAGUACGCAUACAGGCCAUAUAAUAAUCGGAUGCAUGUAAACGAGUCCGGGAAGCUUCGACAUGUCGACCACGGGGCCCAUUAGUAAUUAUUACGUGGACUCCCUGAUCAGCCACGACAGCGACGAGGUCCUGCACGCAGCGGCGGCGGCAGCGGCUACGGCGGCUGCGGCGGCGGCGGCGGCUGCGCGCUUCUCGGCAUCCGCCUCGCACCCUUCCGGCCCCGCACGUCCCUCGUCCCUGCAGGUCGCGGAUUGCUCAGGCGACUAUCCGUCGUGCAGUUUCGCCGCCAAACCGGCCGUGUUCCCCGGCUCGUGGGCACCCUCGCAGUCGUCGGUGCAGGUCUACCAUCAUCCGUACGGCCACCAGGCUCACUUGGGCACAGCAGCGGACACGCGCUACGUGCGCUCGUGGCUGGAGCCCAUUUCGGGCGCGGUGCCGUUUCACGGCUACCCGGGGCACGGCAGGCACUACGCCUUGAAACCCGACGCCUUCUCGGAGCACAGAGCCGCCGCCGAUUGCCUGGCGAACACCGGGCGGACCUACACGGAUUAUCUUUACUGCUCAUCGUCGGAGGUGCGGGACAAGACGCUGCAGAGCCUCCCGUCGCCCGAAUCGGAGCUGCUGGCUGCGGGCAGGCAGAAAGACGAGAAACCCGAGCUCGACCCCAAUAACCCGGUGGCAAAUUGGAUCCACGCUCGCUCCACCAGGAAGAAGCGCUGCCCGUACACCAAGUACCAGACUUUGGAACUGGAGAAGGAAUUUUUGUUCAAUAUGUACCUCACCAGGGACCGCCGCUAUGAGGUAGCCCGAGUCCUCAACCUGACCGAGAGGCAGGUCAAAAUCUGGUUCCAGAACCGGCGGAUGAAGAUGAAGAAAAUGAACAGGGAGAGAAGCGACAGAAAGGAGCAAUAAUGUCCGAGCUUGACCACGAUAUUGAACAGCACCCACGCAGCCAACAAAAUCCGCACCUCGUGAAAUGUAUUAUUUGCGAUCCCCAUUGACGGACUGACUCAUGCGGGUUAUUUUUCUAUGCAAAUCGAUGUCCUGGUCAUUUUUUUAAGAAAGCAAAAAAGCAAGAAAGACAAAGCAAUUUCAACAUUGACGAAGCAAUUUUAACAUCGACACUUAAAAAAACGUUUUGUUUUGUUUUUAUUAGGGAAAUGAUCAAAGUACAAUUUGGACGCGUCGUAGCGCUCCAAAGUGAGAGAAUACUUGAAAAAAACUUCCGUGUUUCAAGUUGCAGGUGGAGUAUUUUGUACAGGUUUGAAACAUCUGCAAACAUUUGUUUGUCUUGUUUGUAUCUUUGUGAUAGUUGUUGUGUAUCUUUUUGCGACUGUAUUGAAAUGUAGAGUGUAGACGGAGAUCUACAAAUAUAUAUAUAAAAAAACUUAAUCACCAAAA